UUAAAUAUCGAUUCUGUAUUGUGAAAAUCUAUAAUGGAUCUCAUUGAGUAUUGUUAGUUUCAAGUUUUAUUGUUAUUGGGAUCGUACAGUAUGGGAUCAAUACUUGGGAGAUCGGCAGAAUUUGCGUAACUUGUUCUAACGCAGAUUGUGACAAAGACUUUUAUUAAAAUGUCUUCGUCAUCAUCUGAGGAAUCUCCACCGUCAGAUUCAUCAUCUUCAAAUUCACCACCAUCAGAUUCAUCAUCUUCAAAUUCACCACCAUCUUCCUCAUCAUCUCCACCAAAUAAUUCAAAUUCUCAAUCUCCUCCUUCUGACAAUAAUUCAUCAUCUGGAAACGAUAAUAGCUCCUCUUCUUCCGGUGACAAUAACAAUAACAAUAACAAUAAUAACUCAAACUCUCAAUCUGCUCCUUCUAACAGUAACAACAACAAUAACAAUAAUAAUAAUAAUUCAAACUCUCAAUCUCCUCCUUCUAACAGUAACAACAACAACAAUAAUAAUAAUAAUAAUAAUUCAAACUCUCAAUCUCCUCCUAAUAAUAAUAAUAGUAAUUCAAACUCUCAAUCUCCUCCUUCUAACAAUGACUCCUCAUCUGGAAACGAUAAUAAUUCCUCUUCAAAUGAUAACAACAACAGUAAUAACAACAAUAAUAACAGUAAUAACAACAAUAAUAAUCAUAAUAACAAUUCUGAUAACAAGUCAUCACCGCCUCCACCGAAAUCAUCGGAUUCAUCAAAAGGAGGUUCAUCGGCUCAUCCGCCGCCGCCACCCUCUCCACCAUCACAUAAUUCUCCUAACUCAAGAUCUCUUGCCCCUCCAAAGAAUCCCUCAUCAAAGUCAGAUGCUAAAGAUAACAAAACAGCACUCAGGGUUGGAGUUGCUGCUGGAGCAGGAUUAUUGUUUCUUGUUAUGAUAGUAUUCCUCAUAUCUUGUUGUAAACGAAAGAAGAAAAGGAAGCAUGCUCAAAUUGGCUACUAUAGAGACAAUUCUCACGGAGGAGUCAUGAACAGUCGUCACUACUAUAAUACCAGUGGACAACAUGGGAACAAUUGGCAGAAUAACAACAAACUCCAAUCAACAGAUCAGUUUGGCAAAAUGCCACCUAGUGCACAAGUAAGUUCAGAACACAGUUGGCCAAUUGCGCCACCGCCGCCGCCACCAAUGAUGAGUAGUAGUGAAAUGAGUUCUGCAGCUUUCUCUGGUCCACAUCAACCUCCUUUACCACCACCACAUCCAGCAAUGGCUCUUGGUUUUAACCAAAGUAGUUUUACUUAUGAUGAUUUAGCAGCUGCAACUGGAGGAUUUGCUAAGGCUAAUCUUUUAGGACAAGGUGGUUUUGGUUAUGUACAUAAAGGAGUUUUACCUAAUGGUAAAGAGAUUGCUGUUAAAAGUUUAAAAUCUAAUAGUGGACAAGGUGAAAGAGAGUUUCAAGCUGAGGUUGAAAUUAUAAGCCGUGUACAUCAUCGUCAUCUCGUGUCUUUGGUUGGGUAUUGUAGUGCUGGCUCUCAAAGGAUGCUUGUUUAUGAAUUUGUUGCCAAUAAUACUCUUGAAUAUCACCUCCAUGGAGCUGGUCGUCCACCUAUGGACUUCAAUACAAGGCACAGAAUUGCAUUAGGAUCUGCGAAAGGCUUUGCUUAUCUUCAUGAGGAUUGCCACCCUAAAAUUAUUCAUAGAGACAUUAAAGCUGCAAAUAUCCUAUUGGACGAAAAUUUUGAAGCCAAGGUGGCUGAUUUUGGAUUAGCUAAGCUUUCAUCUGACACCAAUACUCAUGUAUCCACCCGUAUAAUGGGAACUUUUGGGUACUUAGCACCAGAGUAUGCUUCAAGUGGCAAACUAACUGAGAAAUCUGAUGUUUAUUCGUAUGGAGUUAUGCUUUUGGAACUUAUAACUGGACGUCGUCCAAUAGAUAUGGAUGGUGACGAUGAUACCUUAGUUGAAUGGGCAAGACCUAUUCUCAUUCGUGCAACAGAGGGUGGAGAUUAUGAUGAACUAAUAGAUCCACGUUUGGAGGGGAAAUUUGAUGCACAACAGAUGUUAUGUAUGGUGGCAUGUGCUGCUGCAUCAAUCAGGCAUUCUGCUAAAAGACGUCCGAAAAUGAGUCAGAUUGUACGUGCUUUAGAAGAUGAUGUUACUUUGGACGAUUUAAAUGAGGGAGGAAAACUUGGCCAUAGUGCAACUCUUAGUUCUGGUGGAAGUUCUGAACAUGAUGGAGGUUCAUAUGACAUAAGAAAAUUCAGAAAAUCCAGCAUGUCAAGUCAAGAAUACUCAAGCAGUGAAAAUGGUGAAUCUCGUGAAUUUCGCCAAAGCAAGAAGUGAACAUGUUGCCCUUAAUCAGAAUCAAUAUUGCUCUUGAAAAAAAUGGGGGGUUACUUCAACUUUCCAUGUAAUUAUCAAUUUCAUUUGUUUAUGUAUAAUUACUAAAUUAUAGACACAAUACACAAUCAUUGACCAAUUUGAACUUGAUCAGAAAGAUGCUUUAGGUACUUAAGAUUGGUCUCUUUGGUGGAAUAAUAAUGUUCUUCUAUCACGAAGUAGGCGAUCGCAAUUUUGUGUCAGGAUUUCUUUUUGUGAGUUAGUCAUCUUGUUUUGUUAAAAGUGAAAACAAUUGAUGUGCAUUGGUUUGCACAAUACAUUUUGAUACAAUUUAAUUUGCAUCCUUGGCUA